GUUUAACUAUUCGAGCUGGGUGUGUGUUGAAUUGUUGUAAGAGCUGGACGUGUUUUGUUUGUAACGCUGUAAUUUUUAUACAGUAUUUGAGGAUUAAUGUAAAUUUCCUAGCAGAAGUAACCACAGGAAAAGCCGCCACGUACAAAAAAAAAUCUGCGUCAAUAACAUAAUUUUUGUAUGAUUCUUAGCUCUCAGCAAGGAAGUUCGGGUAAGUAUGAGUCAGUGGGAGAAGCUAAAACAACUGGAUACAAAGUACUUGGAGCAGUUGCACACUCUGUACCAGGAUGAGACCUUUCCCAUGGAUCUCCGGGAGUAUCUUGCUCAUUGGAUUGAAAGUCAGGACUGGGAUAAGGCUGAAACAAAUUACUCAUUGGCCACCAUCCACUACCAAAAUCUGUUGGACCAAAUCAACAAUCAAUAUAGCCGCUUUAUGCAGGAGAAGUUGUUUGUGUGCCAGCACAAUUUCAAGAGAUACAGGCGAAAUAUACAGGCUUGUUAUGGAGACGACCCUGUUCUAUUGGCAAGGAAUGUCGCUUCUUACCUGAAGCAGGAGAAGAUGAUCCUAAGCAAUGUUGUAGAGGAUCAGCAGGCUGUCAUGGGGCAGACUCACCCCGUGGACUUUGAAAGGCACCAGAAUGUUGAACAGAAAGUUAUUGCCCUGAAAGUUAGUGUACAGGCAUGUGAGCAGGAGUUGAAAUUCCUAGAAGAACAACAAGAUGAAUUUGAUUUCAAGUUCAAGACUUACAAGUUUCAAGAAUCGAACAGUUCUGAGAAGCAGAAGCAAGAAGAAUUGAAGGUGCUACAGAGUAUGCUCAAUGUUCUGGACAACAACAGAAAAAAAGUCCUUGAGAAAUUUGGAGCGUUUCUAGGUGAAGCAGAGAUGCUCCUGAGCAUGCUGGUGAAGGAGGAGCUGGCAGAUUGGAAGAGGCGGCAACAGAAGGCCUGUAUCGGUGCCCCUUUGAAUGUUUGCUUGGACCAACUGGAGGACUGGUUUACUGCAUGUGCAGUGUGUUUGUUUCAAGUGAAAAGACUGCUGAAAAAGCUGGAGGAACUGGGAGAUAAAGUGACCUACGAUAAGGAUCCAUUUAAAAUACAAAGGCCUACUUUGGAGAAGCAUGCUAAAAAUCUGCUAACCACCCUCAUUAAAAGUGCAUUUGUUGUGGAGAAUCAGCCUUGUAUGCCUCUUCAGAGUAAGAUGCCUCUGGUUUUGAGAACAAGCUCACAGUUCGCUGUUAAGCCACGUCUAUUGGUGAAACUGUCAGAGGUGGGAAAUCAUCUAAUGAAAGUGAAGGCUUGUAUUGACAAGAAUCCACCAAAUGGAAAAGGGUAUCGCAAAUUCAAUAUCCUCGGCACAUAUGAGAAGGCAAUGAACAUGAUGGAAUCCAACUUUGGGGGCUUGUGCGUUGAUUUCAGACAUUUGCAACUUAAGGAGCGGAAGUCUGUUAUUGGAGGCAAAGGAAGUAAUGAGGCUUCACUUAUUGUAACAGAGGAGCUGCAUCUUAUUAGCUUUGAGACUGAGCUGGUUUACCAAGAUCUCAACAUCAAACUUGAGACUUGCACUCUGCCUGUGGUCGUCAUCUCAAAUGCCAGCCAGCUCCUUAGUGGCUGGGCUUCAGUGGUUUGGUACAACAUGCUCUGCAGUGACCUUCAGAAUAUUAUGUUCUUUUCUAAUCCUCCCUUGGCACCAUGGAGUCAGCUCUCAGAGGCACUAAGCUGGCAGUUUUCUUCAAACACCAAGAGACAUUUGGACCCUGAACAGCUUAACAUGUUGGCAGAAAAAUUAUUUGGGGUUCAAGAAAACUAUGCAGACUGUUGCAUUACGUGGGCAAAGUUUUCAAAGGAGAAUUUACCAAAACAGAACUUCUCCUUCUGGCUGUGGUUGCAAGGGAUCCUGGACCUCAUUAAGAAAUACUUGGAGGAUAUUUGGAAUGAUGGGAACAUUAUUGGGUUUCUGAGCAAGAAGAGAGAGCGCAGCUUGUUGAAACCCAAGCCGACGGGCACUUUCCUGCUUCGCUUCAGCGAGAGCUGCAGGGACGGCGGUAUUACGUUCUCAUGGGUGGAGCAUUUACCCAAUGGGGAAUCCAAAAUUCGAUCUGUUCAACCGUACACCAAGGCACAUCUGAAUAACAUUCCUCUAUCCGAAAUUGUUCGAUUCUACAAAGUAAUGGCAGAUGAGAAUGUCCCUGAACACCCUCUGCUAUAUCUGUACCCAAAUAUUCCCAAGGAUGAGGCAUUCGGAAAAUAUUAUUUGGAUUCUGAAGCAGACCUGCAGUUAAAACACAACAAAUACUUGAGAACCCGAUUAAUUGUGGUAUCGGAAAGGCCACCUACUGAUAUUUCUCCUGGAAUGAUGAUGGAUGAAGUUCUUCAGGAUGAUUUCCCAUUGCCAGAUUUAAUGGAUUGGCUGUGACACUGACUCCUGAUGGAUAGAGUUGAGGACGUUGCGUAUUCAAGAGAUGUAUUUCUGAUGCAGAAUAAGUCUUCAAUGUUAUGGUUUCUGCCAUUAGAAUGUGGAACCUCUUCCAAUUUCAAUGCUCUGUCUGCUGUACAGAAUUUGUUUCCAUAAUGUGCUUAAUUCUUAGAUUGUUGUGCUCUUACUGUAAACAGACCUUUCAAGUUCUUAAUUCAUGUUGUAUGUGAGUAAAAGCAAACCAAUACUGAUGAUGCACAAAGGGAGGGUUUGGGACUCCAGCAGAGAACUAUCUGGUUCUCAUGACUUGGGAAGUUGCAAGGGAAAGGGGAAGAUUUUAUCUGGACUGGUGUUACCCUGAAGAAAUACUGGCAGCAAAGAAAGAGUGCGGGCCCCCACUGUUUCCCCUUGCCCUCAAUCUAAAUCAACACUAAACUUAAUGUCCUUCCCCGCCCAGAUCCCGUUGCUUUGUGGCAGUAAGUGGCCAUUGCAUAUGUUGGAAUGAUGUAUUCAAUGAUUGAACUUUGAGCAUGAUUCUCAAUUUUAAACAAUGUUGCCGUUGUCUCGGUUGAGUGCUUCCAGCAUUUUCUGUUUUUGCACUACACUUUAGAAGUGGGGGGUGGUUAUUUGCCCACUAUUGUGAUUGUUUAAGAUCGCUCUUGGGGAAGGGAAACCUGAUGCUCUUUUGAUUAUGACCACUGUGUGUUUCGCUGCUUUGUGGGGUUGCUAGCAUGUUUGAAAUUUUUAACUUCCCACCUUUGGCACAACUUUUGCAGUGUGUCCACAUGCACCGUUAUGGUUGAUGCACAGAUGCCUCACUUUGCUGUUUCUGGGUUCAAGCUCCACUGCAGGACUUGCGCAUAGAGCCUGGACUGAGGAAAUGUUGCAUUGUCGUUUGGAUGAUACGAUUAUCUGAGGUCCCAUUUGUCUCCUUAGGUGGAUGCAAAGAUGUUUGGGGGGGGGGGGUGGGUGGAGCAGGGGAUUCAAAAACUCUUUAUACAGAUCUACCUAAGUGACAUAAAUUUCCUUGAUCUACUACCAAAAGUUGUUUUUGUUCACUGGCAGUUAAAUAUGCUCAUUGCACGGAAGUGCAGGGUUUCUUAGCUAUUCAAUAAAUAACUGAUGCUUAUCCUCCAGUUCUAUUGCCAGCAUGUGUUGGAAGAGGUUUCCUUCAAUUUUUAGGUUAUACCUUGCUAUACCUUGAAUAGAGCUAUACCUUGAAAAUGGCUUUUUAUGCUCUUUACAGCUGCAUAUUGGAUGCGUUAGGAGUAGAGCCUGGCUGUCUGACUCUUGCAUGUUGGGUUUUUUAAUUUAAAGAAAUUAAAUCCUUCAGAUUGGGUCAGGUCAGGUUGGAUUUUUUUUUAUAUAUACCAAACAGGUUCGAGUUAUGAGACAUCGCCCAAGCCUCAACUAUGGCUGCAUGGGUAGUACUUUUGCCCCUGACUCAGCUUCAUCUUACUCCAGAGAUUUCAGCACCAAAAAAUUGGGCUGACACUCCAACUGCAGUGCUCAAGGAGUAUUGCACUGCCAGCCACAGCCUUGUCUGCUCGAGGUGAACGUGAGAAAUCUCAUGACACUAUCUUGAAGAACAUGGGAGUUAUUCUUGGUGUACUGGCAAUUGGUGAUCUCCCAGUCUACAUUUCUGCAGAAGAUGUGAUAUCUAGUCAUUAUUACGGUGCAGUUUUUUGGAUCUUGCUCUGCACAAAAUGGCUGCCACAUCUCCUGUAUCACAACAAUGACUGUACUUCAAGUGUAUUUUGUUGGUUGUAAAGCACUUUGAGAUGCUCUGAGGCCAAGAGGGCAGUGAAGAAGUGCAAGUUGGUCACCUUUUUAAUAGGACUGACUCUUGCUGGAAACGUGUGCAAUAUUUCUCUGCUCCAAAAGCAAUCAGAAUUUAUGGGAAAUAAUCUUCAAUUGUCCUGAAAACAAAGAUUAUGUGCAGAAUUCUUGUUUUAAAAGUUGUGGAUAUUGUUUAAGUGCUUAAAUCAUCAUGUCAUACAGCAUAGAUUUAUCCAGAUCGUGAUUUAGAUUCAUCUUGAUUUUCAAAGGGCUUUGGAUAAGGUACCCCAUAAUAGACUAACAAAUAAGGCCAGAAUGUAAAGAGCAGAAAUAAAGGGUACCUUAGAGCAGUGGAAGAAAAUGCUUGGUGGUGUGUUCCACUAGAAUUGGUGUAGGGACCAGUACUGUUCACAAUAGUGUUUUAGAUUCUGGAAUCAAAAAACACAAUUUCUAAAUAUGCAAAUGGUAGUGGGGAGGAUAGUUACUAAUGAAGAGGACUUACAGAAGAUUGUUGGAUAUUAAUAAACUUGCAAAAUAGGCAAAUUAUUGGUAAAUGGGUUCAACACUGAUAAAUGUGAGGUCAUACAUUUGUUGGGAGAAUGGGGGGGGGGGUCACUUGGCACAUAUAACAUUGUCGACAGAGGUUUAUGACUCUUAUUUGUGAAAACAGAUGCAGGGUAGGGUUUUGUGAAUCACAGAAUUCUUAAGAUUUUGCUGCUCUCUAAUAUAUAUCCUAUACACCACUGGCACUGCCUACAAAUUGUACACUCUACAUGUACCACAAGAAUAUCAGUUGAAUACAAUAGAUGCUUAAAUUUAGACUCUCCUGAGACGUCAGGAACUUGAUGGAGUACAGUUGACUUGUGAACUUCAAUUUCCAUAGGUUGCUCACUGGAAUAUUAUUUGAAGUUUGGUUCACUCUGUGUUGUUUAUAUAUUGAAUACAUUGCAAAUAAGAAGCAAUGCUUUUGCACAACCCAAAGUAACUGAAUGCACCUUGGUACACCUAUCUAGACAGUGCUCGUUAUACAGUACCUUAAAAAACAUGAUCGAAAGCUGUGGUGCAAAUACUAAUGAACGAUUUAGGAUUUAUACAUUCGCUUCAGUUUCAGCAGUACUUUAUAUAGUUGAUGCUCCAUAAGGUGAUUAUACCUUGUUUGGUAAUUUAGUUCAAGAAGUUGUUCUUGUCUGCAGAUUGCAUAGCUAACCUGCACCUUCUAGAGGAUGAGAGAGUUUUGGCUCCUUGCUGACCUGAACUUCACUUGCAGUCUUGACUGAUGCACUGUCAAGCUUCUCGAGUAGUUAAGUUGCAAUCUUUACUUGAGUUAUCUGGGUGGGGAAGAAUGAAGGAGAUAAUAAUAUUCAGGACUCUCCCCUUUCUCCCCCCCCCCGCCCAUUUUUAUUAAAUUUCUUUCUGUACUCAAGAGUUCCUCAUUGUUAGAACAUUUGUUAAAGCUUAAAGACAUACUGCAUGUUCAGUAGUAAUGUCCAUAGUCUUUCCAGCAACACUGAGCGAGUGUAGCUUUCUGAAGGCAUAUGCAAAACUUUGUUCUUAUACUAUCUGCUGACCAAUGCAAUGCUAUAUGUUCCCAUGUGUAGUGUGAUUCUAUUGUGUGUUUUGUCUAGUUUAUUGAAUAAUGCAAUGCUUCUGUAUUUUUUUACAAUUUGAUUCAUAGAAUAAACCAACCCAUGAAACUUAAAUGCUGCUUCAAUCAUUCAUCUCUGGAUCCAAAAAGAAAAGCAAAUG